AUGACUUUAACAAUUUGUAGGAGUUUUUCAAAUUUUAGAAAUUGUGUUAUACCUAUAGUAAAUAAUAAUAGACAUACUAAUAAUUAUUGUACAGUGCAAUUUUCAAAUAGGAGUGAAGAAAACAAAUGUUUUGUUAUACAAGAUGUAAUUAAUAAAUGGAAGAAUGAAUUUGAAGUGUCGGAUAUUUCGGAACCUAAGCAAUCUAUUGAAUAUAUAUUGGCACAUGUGCUGGCACACAAAACAAUUUCAGAUGUGAAUAAAAGCUGCCACCGGCACGUCUCAACAGCCCAACUAAAGUUAAUCGAUAAGUUAUGCCAAUGCCGAAUGGCACACAUGCCCGUGCAAUACAUUAUAGGAGAAUGGGACUUCAAAGACUUAACAUUAAAAGUGGUACCACCUGUAUUUAUACCACGACCAGAGACUGAACAAUUAGUCGAUCUAGUUUUACAACAUUUCAUAAACAAAUCCUCAAUGUCUUUGAAAAUACUUGAAAUUGGCUGUGGUUCUGGGGCUAUUAUCUUAGCAUUGUUGAAACAACUACCAAAGCUUAAGGCUACAGCAGUGGAUCAGAGUCUCCACGCUUGUCGAACAACGUUAGAUAAUGCUUUGGCUUUGGGAUUAUCAGAGCGUUUGCGUUUAUUGCAAGCGAAACUGUCUGAUGAUAAUUUGUUGACUCAGGUGCUGGAAGGGCCUUAUGAUUGUGUCGUGAGCAACCCUCCUUAUGUACCUACAGGGGAUUUAGUUAAAUUGCAACCGGAAAUCAAAUUAUAUGAAGAUUUAAGAGCACUAGAUGGUGGCCCCGAUGGACUGACUGUUAUAAAACCAAUAUUAAAACUAUGCUCACAGAAAUUAAUUAUAAAUGGAAGUGUCUUCUUAGAAGUCGAUACAACACAUCCAGAAUUAUUAGCAAAAUGGUUGCAAGAGGAAAACGAUAAGCAUAAAUUUAAUUUAAGACUUAAGGAUGUAUAUAAAGAUUUUGCUGGUAAAAAUAGAUUUGUUAGAAUCGAAAGAAUUAGUUGAAUGGGUAUGGAUUUAGGUUUAAAUUUAUACUUGACAUGGUAAAUGAAUUUAUUUAUAAUGUAAGAAGUUGUUAAUUGACUUUCUUAUA